GUGAUGUGACAGGGAGCUUGCUGCAUGAACUGCUGCAUGGUGGGAACUUACAGAGCUGCAGCUUCCCACAGUCAGCUAGAUUCCAGAUGAACUGUUCUGAUGAACCAUGUCCAGAACUGUUCAGAUACUUGACGACAACAGCCAAAGUGGUAUUUGCAAUAAAAUGAAAGGCAGAAGAAUACCGUAGCCUCGAGAACUGGGAAAACAAAUCAAGGGUAUAUGCAGCAAUGGCAAAGUUAACAAACUUGUGAAUAAGAGACCCAAUCAAGAAUUCCAAUUAAUAAAAAUAGAAAAUGUGUGUUUCAUGCUACUUACCAAAAUAAGAUCAGCAAUGAAGAAAGGACAGAUUGAAUUUGGGCAAUGAAGACCACCUUACUGCAUGUUGUACCACCAGUGAGCAGAGACAGAAUAAUCUCUCACUUCCCAAAGUGGUACACACCUGAAGCCUGCCUGCAGUUCAAAGAUCACUUCCACACCCAAGUGAGGAGCGCCUGUCAGCGACGGAACAUUGGUGCUGUCGGGCUGAAAAUAUCCAAAGUGGUUGUGUUGGGAGACCUGUAUGUUGGAAAAACAAGUCUCAUCAACAGGUUUUGUAAAGAUGUGUUUGACCGUGAUUACAAAGCAACUAUUGGAGUGGAUUUUGAAAUUGAACGUUUUGAGAUAGCUGGAGUUCCAUAUAGUCUUCAAAUAUGGGACACUGCAGGUCAAGAAAAGUUCAAGUGCAUUGCAUCGGCUUACUACCGAGGAGCAGAGAUUAUUAUAACGGUCUUUGAUUUGGCUGAUAUCCAGACUUUGGAUCACACCAAACAGUGGCUUGAGGAUGCACUGAUGGAGAAUGAACCAGAGUCCAGCUUCAUCUUUCUAGUUGGAACAAAAAAAGAUCUAGUGUCUGCUGCCACGUGUGAGCGGACAGAACUGGAUGCCAUUCGCUUUGCCAAUGAGAUGCAGGCUGAGUACUGGUCAGUUUCAGCCAAAACAGGGGAAAAUGUCAAGGAGUUUUUUUCCAGAGUUGCUGCAUUGGCCUUUGAAAAGUCCAUGCUGAUGGAACUGGAGAAGAGCAACAGCCGCAUGGCCCAGAUUGGUGCAGGAAACCUUAUCAAUAUAGAAGAAGCUUCAGUGGAGGCUUCAGAAACCAACCACCAAGCCAACCUAAAUUGCUGCUAACGGCCAGACAGACUUCUCCCAACAGCAGUACUUCGGGAAGCUAAAACCUGGAACAAAGAAGAGAGCAGGGAAGAAGCAGUGUAAACCUUCCCUUUGCUUGGUGUUGUGUUGCCUUCAGUGGUGCAGCCUCCUGUGUUUGCACGAUGGGAGUCUAUCUGCCUUUUCCUGAAGAGGAUGUUGGCAACUCAGCCUACCUUGUCUUCAAGAAAAUUGUCAUAUGCUGAUCUUAUACAACCUGUUUUCUUCUCCAGGAGAAGUGAUAGCAUGCUUGACUAUAGGGAGAAUCUGGAACAAGCUGUUGUAUCUUUUGGAAAAUUGAGUUAGAGUCAGACUGAUGGGCUCACCAUUUGCACUCUCUUAUUAUGGCAGCUUCAAAUCUUGGUUAAACUGAGCCUUGGUUUAGUGUAAACCCUGGGUUGUUAGCAGUGUCAGUUUAAUCUUUAGCCAUGGCUGAGAUCAGCAGAAGGAAUUUGCACUUGACAGAGGAUAGAGUAUGCAAUCCCAUAGUUUAUUCCUGAAUCCUGGUUUAAGAGAUAGACCAUAUUAAUUUCCACACUGGCCCAUGAAUGAAUGUCGUCUGUAUUAUUUUGAAAAGCUUUAUAGAAUAAACCCACUAUAUGCUGUUUUAGAUCUCAAAGGACUGUUGUACAAAGCACUGGACCCAUUUCUAAUGUAGUGCAGUCUAUAUGAAAUCAGAUACAUUACUUUGAACUAAAUAUACUUCUGAUUUCCUUUGUAAGAUUUUUUUAGGAGCCAGAUUUUUAGAAGCUAAUUUAUUAGCUUUGACCGAAUCUAAUCAGAGUGAAGUUCUCAAAAAGACCAGAGGUGAACAUGUUCAGAAUUCAAAACUGGUCCAAGACAAAUCAUUUGGUAAGUAGUUUGCCAUCUGAGGAGGAUUGGGAGCAAGAGAUGAACCAAUCUUGCCUUUGCUUCUGACUUAAGUUACAGAUCUGAAGCCAAAUUGUACCUCUAGAAACAGCUCAGGUUUUCUCUCUUUGUCCAAUGAUACCAGUGUCACAUUAUUUCGAUGGGGAAAGACAGUAGUCAUUCUCUUUGGAAGGAUGAGAGAAUGUGUGGGUUGAAUGGAGGCAGGAUUCUUUAUCAAUAGCACUAGCAUUUUUAAUGCUACUGUCAUCUGACGUUCAUGCAGCUCCUGUCACGUCUGUUGCAACAGGAGAUGACGCUUUGAAUCAUGUGUUUCAUUUCAGCAGAUAGCACAGCCCACCUGAAAAACAGAAGGGCAAACAGAAGGGAUGGGUUACCCCGGGGACACAGGCAUGAAUAACAAGGCACUGAUCUUGCGGUCUGAUCAUACGCUGGCUCGAAGUCCUUGGCUAAUUUUUUAUUUUUAGCCCUUUCCAUGUUUCAGGGUACAAAAUAAAAUACACAUUACCCUGUAAAAUCAAGGAAAAAGAAUAGGUUCGGUGCAGCUCAUACAAAUCUCACAUUCUGAAAAUGCUAAGAUGUUUGGGACUGCUUGUAUUUGUCCAUCUAAGGUGGGAGAUGGGAGGAAAGAGAGGUUUAUGAAAUUAUGUAUAGGCUGAAAAAUGACUGAACAGGAAAUCUUCUGCUUUUUCAUCAUCCAGACUAAACAUUCCCUAAAUCCAGAGCUGCUGUCCAGCAGGGUAGUCAUGCAGCUAGUUCCUGCUUUUACUCUGUAAUGCCCGCUGUUAAGUAGGUGUAUGUCCCUGCCUGUGUUCCACAGCAUGGUCCCCUGAUUUUGUUCUGAAUUUAUUACCCAACAAUUUCAUUGGGUGCCCCCAGUUCUAGAAUUAUGGGAGGAGAAACGGCCAUAGAAAAUAUAUGAAAAAAGUUCAAGAAAUUAAAAAAAAACACCCAAGCUCUCCCCCAACAGAAUUUAUGACAGUGGCCAAUAGUAGAAAAAAAAUAUGGACACUGUCAUGUCAGUGACUGUUCGUUCUGGUAACUAAAAAUGGACCUACUUUAUACAUAGGCAGUGAAUCUUUGAGCUUCAGAUGAGACCUAUGAACAGAAGAAAGCCACAAGGUUUACUCUCUGCUUGCUAGCUUCAUUGGGCAUCAGAGGCAGUUUCUGGCAACAGAAGCAAGCAAGAGUCUUGGACAUGUUAAAGCAGCAGCUUUCGUUAGCAUUGCCAGUUUUGAUCAGUAAAUCUUGGUACAACCAGCUAUAACCUAUGAAAGUUGGAAAUAGAGUUCUGCAUCAGGUGGACCUUUGAUUUCUCGUAUCGUAUGUCAUUCUUUGGAGCAUCAUAUUGGGUCCUUUAAUAAUGCGCAGUCCUUGCUUCCAUCAUCCUUUAGCAGUGUAAUGGAAUUGAUUGGAUGCCACCACUGUUUCAUUUCAUUUGGGGCUGCAACCUUUGCCCAGGGACACUGUGGGAAAAUUGGAAUAGGUUUUGUACCAAAUCUUGUCCCAUUUGUUCUUCCUAAAGCACAUCUAUUUUUAUUGGAGGUAGUAGCUAAUUGGUUUGUAAAAAAAAAAAAAUUGGCUUGUACAAAAAAAUACAAACCCUGUAACCUAACACAGAUCACAUUACGGCAGCCAAGAAAUUGCUCAAACUGGAUGAUGUAAGGUUUGGCUGAAGGAUAAGACACUCACACCCAUUUGUUCGUAAUUUCUUGGGCAGAUGCUCAUGUCGUGGCUUAGCUUUUAUUUAUGUGUGUUAAUAAGGAAAAGCCAUCCGAGAGAGAGAAAGUGCUCCUGUAUGCUUGUCAUGCAGCAGCCUGCCCUUCUUCUGGUAGGAGAAAAGGACAGCGCUGGCAGCAAUACGGACUUGGGAAAAGGCCUGACAUUGUGUGAGGCCAGCUGGCAAACCCUUCUCCUUGUCCUGCCCAUGUGGCCACACAAUUCCUUUACUGUCUCCCUUAAGGAAUGAUUUAGGGAGGCUUGCAGGGGGACAGGCUGUAUAGCUGUGGUAAGAGGGAAGAAGCCAAAGCAAUUUCUCCCACGAGGAACAGUUACCUUAACUGAUGUACUGAUUGUUUAGACAGUGAUUGUUUAGACAUACAAGACAGUGUCAUGCUGAGGCGGAGACCCACCCUCUCAGUUUUUACUUUCCUUGCUUCAGUUCUGCUUGCUCCCCCUUCCCCAACUUCCUUUUUGCUGUCUUUCUACCCCCCUGGCUACCUGUGCCAUCUUAUUACCUGUUUGUCACUUCUCCUGCGUCAUUCCUGUCAGAGCACGAUGUAACAUGUGUCUGAUCAUCAAAAUCUAACUGACAGCUAGCUGUCAGAUAACGCCUGACACAGCCUCAUUCUGGGAUUGAUUGGCAAUAGACUGUGAUAGGCCAGUAAACCAGAUGUAAGGCUGCAGUAUACUGAGGACUAUGAGGCACUUGUCUUCGCUUUGCCUUGCGAAGCACUUUGCUUGAGUGAGCUAUACUUGUGAACUAAUAAAUGUAGGACCGCUUCUGUGAAGCUGAGCUGCUGUGUGUGUCUGACUUCCUACUGCAUUCCAGUGUAUUGUGCUACUCUGCUAUAGGGGCUUUACUCCAUACCUUCACAAUUCCUCCUUUUCCCACCUGCUUGGCUCCCUCCCUAUGUUGGGUAUUAUGUGCUCCCCUUUUUGGUUCCCAUUUUACGUCACCCUUUCGAUCUUCCAUGUACCUUAUUGCCUUCCUCUGUGCUUUUAUUCUCCCACCCCAUGCUUAUGACUUUGUCUCCUCCCCACUUUCAUACACUGGCUUCCUUUCUUCCCUCCCAUCCCCAUAAUGUCACUUUGGUCCUCCUGUCUUCUCCACACUCCUUCCCAUCUCCCCGCCCCCACCAUUUUCUGUGUCAUCUUCAGCUGCUGAGUGCUCUUUGUAGUUGCUUUGGGAACCCAAAAUACCACCCUAAUGGAUUGCCCUGUGAUGAUGCUGUUGCCUUUGUUGAUCACCCCUCUUUUUUUAUAAAACAGAUUUUCUGCAAAUCAGAGAGAUCCUUCUGUGUGGUAGAAAUAUGCACCUAAGCCAGUGGUUCGCCACCAUGGACCUAAGCCUUCUGUGGCCUGUUUGGAGGAUUUUUGAUUGGAAUGGGGGCCAUUCAACAUAAAUACUCUGAAGUCAGGCCCAGGAUAUAAGUAAAAAUUCCAUGCCAUGGGACCAUGGAUAGAUAGGAGAAAUAUUUGCAAAAAGAGCUGAAAAGGGUGGGUUUUAUAAAAACAUCAGAAAAACAUUUUUGGGUGUACCAGAAAUGGACAGUCAAUGCAGAUUUAUUUAUUUCAUUUGUAAUUGGUAUACAACAUAUUAGCAAAUUCAUAAAAUGAAAAUGAAAAAAUAAAAUCAUAAAGUCAACAAUUUAAAUAAAUUUCCCAAUAUAUUAGCCAGGAACAGCACCUUAAUCCAGUCUAAACAAAAUUUAAAAAAGGGGGGGGGUGUAGAGAGAGAAGCAGAAGUAGAGUGAGGUCAGUUCUGUUGGAGUGCUGUUGCUGCCAUCAACUAAAGGCCUAACACAGGGGUGUCCAACUCUGGUGCUUCAGAUGUUCAUGGACUAUAAUUCCCAUUAGAAUUGUAGUCCAUGACCAUCUGAAGCACCAGAGUUGGACAUCUCUGGCCAACAAAAUAGCUCUGUCUUGCAGGCCCUGUAGAACUUUGAUAGGUCCCGCAGGUCUCAGGUGUCAUGAGACGGAGCAUUCCACCUGAAGAAGCUCAGGCCCUGGUGGAAGACAGCCGGAUGUCUUUCAAGGGGAUCACUAAUAAGUUGUUCUCCAUAGAGUGAAGCACUCUCCUGGGGGUGUAUUUGGAGAGGCUGUCCUGCAGUCCCAGACUAUCAGAGUCAAGUCAUAGGACUUAUAUUGUUUUACGUUCUGCUGUCUUUGCUAAGCUUCCAUUCAGUCUUUUGUGACCACUAAUAGAAUAGCAUCUACUUUUUGUCAUAUUUCAAAAUCAGAGUUUUUUCACUCUUUGGAUGGGAUCACUAAAAGGCAAUAGAACUACUUAGAUGUAUGUGUUUGUUUAGCCUUUUCUAAGGGCAGUCACUAGUGUGUGUGUAUGUGUGUAUGUGUAUGUGGCGGGGGGAGGGGGAGCGCAGUGGUUUUCCACAAUACUAAAUACUUCUGUGAGCACAUAGCCAUUUUUGGUGCUGGAUGCCACAGGAGUCUUGUCUUCAUUGCCCCAAAGAUUCAUUUUUUUGUUUUCAUUUUUUAAAAAUAAGGCUCUCUGCCUGGAUGCAUCCUGCUGCUGAGCCUGGUAUGUUGAGGCUUGAUGUAGUUGCCAUGUAAGAAGGACAUUGUGCACAUGUUCAGAAACACCCUCUUCAUUAGCAGCUCAUAUAUUCAAGGAUUGCAUCCUGGCACUGAAACUAGGGGAACUGAUUAAUCUCUGGGGAAAAGUCUACUCAGCCUAGGGUGGGUGGCAAUGGGCAUUAGUGGAUGAUGGCAGAAUUUCAGGAGCUGUGACAUUUCCUGAUAGAUCAUCAUCUAUUUUAGUUACUAAUAUAAGCAACUGGAGAGCAAACAAGCCACUUGGAAAGUGUUGCUCCUACAAAAUGUUCUUGAACAAGGAUUGAAGACUGUAAAUGAACAUUGUCUAUGCCUAAACUCUAAAUGACUUUUGUUGAGAGCACUGGGUGUUAGCCUGUUUUUGAAAACCAUUCUAGCUGUUUUAUGGUCUUCUUACAGUUUGAGGUCUGUUUCAUGUAUAUCUUUAUGCUGUUUUAUGUCUCUGGCUUGUUUUAAUAAUAAAGACUUAAUAUUAA